CCCAGGCCCCAGCCACCCAGACCCCACUCAGGCACUCACUCGGUCACUCCUUUCUCUCUCUCUCUCACGCACUUCAUUCUCUGGUUCACCUCACCUCACUCACGAUUCACACCACCACCAAAUCCACCACAGGACCACCGGCCGCACAACGCACCACCACGGCACCACCGGCACCGACACCAACAUCGUCCAUCUCUGCUGCUGUUGAAGCACAACUCAAAGCUAGUUUCAUUGAGGAGGGGUCAAAUCUCAAGGCUGAAGUUUCAGACUUUGAUGAUGACCCUCAAGUGGUUUCAUCAUUCCAGAAGUCAUUGCAAGAGAAAAAGGAGAGCAUGGCUAAAACGAGAUUUUUCUCUUUUGAGGAAAAGAAAAUCAAUUCUGGUGACAAGGUGGUGUUGUAUUUCACAAGCCUGAGAGGGGUGAGAAAGACUUAUGAGGAUUGCUGCAAUGUGAGGCUGAUUCUGAAAGGAUUGGGCUUCAAGGUAGAUGAGAGAGAUGUGUCAAUGCAUUUGGGGUUCAAGGAGGAGCUUAGAGAGCUACUGACUGAUGGGUUUGGAGGAUUGCCAAGGGUGUUUGUUGGGAGGAAAUACAUUGGUGGAGCUGAGGAGAUUCAGAAGCUUCAUGAGGAUGGGGAACUUGAGAAACUGCUUGAUUGUUGUGAGAGGAUUGAUGAUCACAAUGAUAUAAGGUUUGUGCCUUGUGAAACCUGUUCUGGAAGUUGUAAAAUCUACUAUGAUGAUGAUGAUGAUGAAGAAGAACAAGAUCAUGGUGAGGUAGGCGAGUAUGGAUUCCAGCGUUGUCCUGAUUGCAAUGAAAAUGGACUAAUACGUUGCCCCAUGUGCUACUGCUAGUUCUCUCUUUGUGAUGACAUUUAACACAACUUAAACCAAUUUUUUGAGUUGUGAUUCUGUGUAUUUUGUUUAUAGGUAGUUUUUGUUGUACAGUAUAAUCUUGAUUUGCUUCAUUGAUUGUAAGGAAGAAGAGGAAGAAAGUAGAAGAGUGAAUAGCAAGGUCUCUUACUCUAAGUCCCUUUGCACAACCAGUGCAUUUUACUUCAUAUAUACUUUUCAAUUUCCUUAUUCAGAAAUCAAAGAUGGAUUGUGUACAAUUUCCUUGCAAAACUGUAAUAGCAGAGUUACAAGGGUAUACUGUAUGAUAGCAUUUACAUUCUCUCA